CCGUCUUCUUCCCCAGUUCGAAAUCCAAAACGAAAACCAGAGCAGAUUGUUGAGAAAGCUUUAAGCUAUGAAGCUGAGACUACGCUCCACCGAGACCAAAGAGACGCUCCGCCUCGAGGUGCCCAACCACUGCUCUCUCCUCCACCUCAAACAAUCCCUCUCCCAAUCCAUCUCCGCCGCCCCCUCCUCCUCUCUCCGCCUCUCCCUCAACCGCCGCGACGAGCUCCUCCCCUCCUCCUCCGAAAACGACUCCCUCGCCUCCCUCGGCAUCACCUCCGGCGACCUCAUCUUCUACUCCCUAAUUCCUCACACCUCAGUUUCCCCAAUUCCCCAAACCCUAAUUCGCGAAGGCUCUGCUUCCACGAGUGAAGCCAUGGCUGAAGAUCCGAGGUCGAAUUCGGAGUUCCUAACCGGCGAAGGUGCGGCGUCCACGAGUCAGGAGGCCAUGGCUGAAGCUCCGAUGCCCGAAACCCUAAUCGGAGAGGCCAGGCAUGCGGUUUCGGACUCGCAAACCCUAAUUGACGGAGGCGAUUCGAUUUCGGAAACCCUAAGCGGUGAAGCCUCAUAUUUUAUGGAGAUUGACGACGAAUCCGGUGGCGGAGUGAGGAAGAAGUACUCGGUGCCGUUCUUCUUGAGGAGAGUAAUGAGGGAGGAGCUAGCCGAGGAUCGCAGCGAUCACAAGCUGUUGGUGAUUGCCUUACACGCCGUGCUUUCGGAGUCUCGAUUCGUCAGGUUUGAUUCUGUUUCCGGUGAGCUGAGUGAUCGGUUUUGUCUCCCAAAGGAGUGGCCGGCGGUGGCGUAUACGUUGUCGCUGUCGUAUACAUUGCCGGAGAUUCUGCAGGCUCGUGGCGGCGGUAAGAUGGAGGCUGUGGUGCUGAAGGUUCAGACUCUGGGGCAGUUUGUCAAUGUGUAUGGGUCUUUGGCCGCCGGCGGCGGCGGUGGAGGGCCUUAUAGGGUGUCUUUGGAUGUGAGGAGGUUCGCUCCGAUGCUGGACUUUGUGUGGGGGUGCAGGAAUGUGAGUGAUGAUGAGGUGUUUGUUCCGGAAGUCGAAAUCUUUGAGUUUUGGAGGAUUGUUAAGGAUGGGAUUACGUAUCCGUUGCUGAUUGAUCUUUGCGAGAAGGCCGGUUUGCCAGAACCGGCCAGCUUCGUGUGCCUGCCGUUGGAUCUCAAGAUGAAUAUCUUGGAGAGGCUGUCUGGCGCCGACAUUGCGAAAGUGGGGUGUGCUUGUAAGGAGCUACAGAAUCUGGCGAAUAAUGACGAGCUGUGGAAGCAGAAGUUUGUGGAGGAGUUUGGGUCGGGAGGAGGAGGAGGAGGAGGAGGAGGAGUUGGUAAUUGGAAGUUUCGGUUUGCUGGGAAGUGGGAGGAUAGGGAGCGGCAUAAGAAGGCAGUGGUGAUGUGGAGAGAUCAUGUUAGGCCUGGUCAGUUCAUCCCGAUGAGGAGGGAGCCAAUUCCAUUUGUACCGGGUUUUCCUGGAAUCAUUAGGGAUCCUCCAGGUUUUGGUGUCCCUGAUCCUUUUGGACGACCACAGGUACCGUACCCACUUGGUGGUAGUCCUGUAAUCUUUCGUCAUGGGAGGAGGCGGAGGUUCUCUCCUGAUUGCAACCUGGGAGGAGGAUUUAGUGGAUAGUCCAGUACUUUCUCCGUUGCUGAGCGCUGCAACUGAAGCUGCAGGUUCAUCAGUUUUUGUUUUGUUUAUACAUAAGCAUACCUGGAUCUCUUAGUACAAUUAAAAUGACUGGUAUAAUGAAUUUUAGUUCUUGUGUUGAUGACCUUUAGGUCUUUGGAUAUAAUAUGAAUCUGAGUUCUGUAAUUACAUUGUUGAUGACUUUUUUGGUUUUGGAUAUAAUAUGUUUCUGAGUUUU